GUGACUCAGGCCCCAUGGGUGCCCGGGGCACAACCAGCUUCCCAGGACACAGGGCUGUGACUCAGGGCCACGCAGAGAGGCCAACCCAGGUGGCAGCUGGCAGGCCACCAACCCGCCCGCGCCCUUCCGAGCCACAAACCCCCAGCAGGGCCUCUGUGGCAGGCAGAUGCUCUCUGCGAUCCCCUCAGCAGAGGGCACCGUGGGAGGUGAAGGCUCUGGGGCCAGAAAGUCCAGGUUCAACCCUGCGUCUGCCAUUCACUGAGCCUGGGCCUCCAUUUCUCCCUAUACAGCGCAGCAGCCGUAUGCCCCACCUGACUCACAGACCACUUCUGAAGAUGCUCUGAGCUCGUCUGGGUAGAGCGCCCACAUCAGCCGUGGCAGAGACAGGCCUCAGCCAAAUCACGAAUUAUGGUCAUGUGGGCUGGUGCCCAGCCGGGUGUGAGGUCCCCAGCUCGGAGCCUUAGAGAGAGGCGCGGUGCCUCUGGUCACCCUCAGGGCCAGUCGGAGGCCCAGGAAGAUCACCCUGCAGCUCAGAAAGAGUCCAGUCCCUGCCAGGCCUCCAGCUCCCCAAGGGCGGAGGUCUUCCUGUUCCCUUCAUGUGUCCCAAGUGCCGGGUCCCCAUGCCCGGACUGGCGGCCAGCACCACUGGGUGGGCUCCGCAGGCACAAACUCUAGGCCUUGGCCCGCCGCCCCAGGCUCAGACAGUGUGCUGGGUUUCAAACCGUCACCUCCAGUCCUCAGCUUUGACAAGGAGCUUCGCAUCCAGCUGCACAGGACCCUGGGAGCCCUGUGGCCGCCCCUGUGUCCGUGGCACCCGGGGUACUUGUGAGAGAAAGAAGAGUCAGAGGAAUGCCUCCUCACCAGGCUCCCUGGCGGAGGCCCGAAAGCUGCUGAGGAGACCAGAUCGCCCACGACCACCAGCAGGGCCUCAGACCCUGACGUGGGACCUUCGCGGACAGCCGGCAGGGCAGCAGGCCUCAGCCCAAAGGCCCCAUCUCUGGGAGGACACAGAUUGCGUCAGCUACAACAUCACUAGGAAAAUGUCGCCCCCUCACAGGGCCCCCCAGCGACUCAGAGCCCCCCCACGGGAUCGAGAGCCCUGCGGGGAGUCACCUGGCCAGGUGGGCGCUGCAGCGAGUCCCAGAGUUCCAGAGUUCCAGGAGAAAACAACGAGGGGGUGGAGCUCGCCUAGCGUCACCCACCUGGCUGCGGGAGAGCCCUGUGUGGUGAGAGCCAGAGCUGCCUGCCGAUCCCUGGUUCCGCCGGUGGCCGAGUCCAAGCCCUGCCCUCCGGCCCCCCACCUUCAGCCAGCAGCGAGUGACCCUGCCGGUCGGCUCCCAGACGCUGGCGUCAACGGAGGGCUGUGUGGUCAGAACCUCAUCUCAUCGUCACGGAAGCGCUGA